CACCUCCAGAAUAAAAUUGAAAUUGAAUUAAAUUUAGGUUUUUUAAACAGCAAAAUGGUAGUGAGUUCUUGUAACUUAAAUUCAUUAAAUGAAACUUAAGAUCUGAUAGAUGAUAGAAAAUACAACAACAGAAAAGCAAAAACAAAGUGAUAAUGAACCCAAAAUAACUUUAGUGAAUGAAAGAAAAAUCCUAAACUUAACGCGUCAUGAAACAAAGGAAAUUUUUGAUUUAAGAUUAACUUCAAGAACAUUUCUUUUAUUUGGUGUUUUCAGACUUAAAACGUGUGAUUUCUUCAAUCGCUGUUUUUUACGUAUCGUGUGUGAGAUGGAAACAAAGAAAGUAUCUGAUGACGAGGGACUGGUGGAAAUAUAUGCGGGUAAAAAUGGAAAUCAAGGUAGUGAAAACGAUGACGAUUCAGAUACAAAUGACUCUGUUCAUCUACCGGCAACAUCACCAAUUAGUUCAUCGUCUGGAGUCUUUUCAUGUGGAUCUGCUUCGAGCUCGAAUUUCGCUUCAAAGCCAACCACUCCCACAAAUCUUCAAUUGACUGAUAAAAGCGAUGACGAGAAUUUAAGUCCAACAAACAAUAACAGAAAUGCUAACGAAGUCAUCGCAUUAAAAGAUAACGCGGAAGAAGGUAUUGGAGCAUUAGUAAUUACGAAAAGGUGUGAUAAUGAAGAAAUUGACAGUGAUAAUAAGAACAAUAGAUAUUCAUCAUCAAUGGGCAAGGCAUCAACAUCAAAAAGUGUUAAGAUACGUUUAAAACAUCGUCACACACGUAAAUCGUUUGACGAUGAAAUCGUGAUUUAUGAAUCUGACUCUUCACUUCAGAUCGAUCCGCGACGUCGAAACGUUCACACAAUGUACAGUAAUCGAACAACCCACCAGAACACAAAUCGUGAUGCAAUCAGCAGAAGAAAAAGCGAAGAAAAUUCAACACAACCCUCAAAUCAGAUUGUUUCAAUUCUUAAGCGUAAAGACAGCUCAACAAGCUCAAAUGCGAGUCUAGUCACUUUUUCACCCAAUGUCAUCGACAUGGAGCCAACGACAUCAUCACGUCGUACGACACAUCGACAGGGAAUAUUGAAGAAACGUAGUUCACUGGACGAGUCAUUACGGUUUAGUCGAAGUCAUUCACCAUCGUCAGCAUCAUCCGAAAGCGAGAAAGGAUGUUUGGUGAAAAAUAAUCGUCGUAGAAACAGUUCAGAAGAGAUUAAUAAUCAUGGUAUUUUGAAGCAGAAAAGUUAUGAUUCGAGUGGUGGUGGCAGUGCUGCCGGUUAUAGUUCAGGAAUUGGAGGAUCAUCUGGUGGUUACAACACUCCAAAUUCAUCGUCUUCAACAGGAGUUCAGGGUAUUCUCAAGAAGCCAAGUUUAACGCCUUCCGAUCACAACGAACAACCUACCAAACAUGUGUCCAUCUCAGAAGCUGUCAUUCUUGCAGCUGCUGAAUUAUGUAAAGACAUGAUAAUCAUUGAUGAUAUUCAAAGUGAGUCUUCUUAUAUUAAGCCAAUUUUAAAAGUUGAAAGUGAUCAUUCGCAACCGGAACGCAGACCGAAACCAAUCUUAAAGAAAAAUCAUUCAUCGGAAAAUGAAGAAAUCCGUUCAAUAUUAAAAUCACGUAAGAGUAGUCGAGAGGAGUCAUUGCAAGAUGAUUUAUAGGAAAGAGCAUCAUUUAGCGGCGUGCAAAUUUUUUAUAUCGAUAUUUGCCGUACUUAUUCAGCUUCUUUUUUCAUUUAUCAUAUUAAAAUUAUUAUCGUCAAAUACUAGCAGACACACAAAUCAUUUUUUAUUAUUAUUAUUAUUAUCACGACACAGAUUUUUGUUGUCAACUAGAAAAAGAUGAUUGUGUUAGGGAAACUUUUUCCCCCUACUCUUCAUUACUUGUUAAUCACAGCUUUUUUGAAGUAAAAAUUAAAUUAUGAAGAAAACAAACAAACGAAGAAGAUAUUCACCAACCGCUCAGAGAUUCAUCUUUCGGGAUUUGUAGUUAGUGCAUAAGAAAUGUUAUCAGCAAAAACAGGAAAAUAUUUAAGUUUUAUAAUUUCUCUCAACUGCCAUAAUAAAUUAAUGAUUAGAUGGUUAAAGAUUAUGAUGGAGAAACAAACUUCAAUGUGAGAAAAAAAAAGAAACAAAACUUGUGAUUGAAUGAAAUGAUGAGAGAGAAAAUUUCAUUUGGGCUCGAAGCCACAUAAAUAUGUAUUUAAAAACGCAAAGACAAUUUUUUAUUAAUGAAAUUAAUAAUAUUUGGAAUCUCUAGGAUUCGAAAGUUAGAUUUGGAG